AUGUAGAAAUUAAAAGAGCCACUAGUCGUAUAGCUUUAUGAUAGCUAUAUAGUAGAAAAUAAUGUAGGGCCUGAUAGAUACUCAGUUUUUGAAUUAGAAAAAUGUUCAUGUUCAUUAGAUGAAUAUCUUGAAAGAUAAAACAAAGAUGGAUAAUUAAAUGAAGACAACAAAUUUUAAAUAGCUAUCUAAAUUAUAGAUUCUGUCAAUUAUAUUCAUUCAUUUAAUAUCAUUCAUAGAGAUAUUAAACCAGAAAAUUUUUUGGUUUAUUUAGAUGAAAAAUAACCAGAAAUAAAAUUAUAAAUUUAUAAAUUUAUUAACCUUCUUGUUCUUUCUGAUAGUGCUUAGAGGGCUUCUCUGUAUGAUAUCGUUGAAUAAAGCGAUAUAAAAUUCUUUUCUAAUUCAAAAGAAAUGAAAUAAAUUGUACAAAAAACACUUUUGAUACAAAAUGAUAAAAAAAUAGAGCAAAAUGCGACUAUAGAAAUUAAUUCUUUAGAGGAUUUGAGCAAAAUUUAAAAUUAUAAUAUUGUCACAAUGCAUUUAAAAUAGUUUAAACAAAAAUAAUAUUAGAUCUCUCCAGAUUGUUUCAAGAAUAUGUUAUUUAUGAGAGAUUCAGAAAGAGAUAAAUAAUUUUGA